AUGGAUGCCGAAAUCCCCGUCGACAAAAAUUUUCCAUUAUUUUCCUGGAAGAAGUCAGCUUCCAUAACCACCGCCAACAAGAAAUCCCUUCCGCCGGAAACCACUGCCCCCGCCGCACAUAAAGUACUCGAGAAAGAGCUUAACCCUAACCCAACUCCAGCAGACAUAACAUUCUCCAACCUGGGACUCGCCGAAUGGGCCGUCAAUACUUGCAAGGCGCUCGGCAUGAAGCGGCCAACUCCCGUCCAGCACCACUGUAUCCCUAAAAUCCUGUCGGGCCAAGACGUCAUGGGCCUGGCGCAGACGGGAAGCGGCAAAACGGCUGCGUUCGCUCUCCCUAUCCUCCAUCGUCUCGCGGAAAAUCCCUUUGGUGUUUUCGCUCUGGUUGUGACUCCGACCCGGGAGCUGGCUUACCAGCUAGCGGAGCAGUUUCGGGCCCUCGGGUCGGGUUUGGGACUACGGGUAGCGGUGAUUGUUGGGGGCAUGGAUAUGAUUAACCAGUCCCAGGGUCUGAUGCAGAGGCCACACGUGGUGAUUGCCACGCCUGGCAGGAUUAAGGUUCUGAUUGAGCAGAAUCCUGAUAUUCCUGCUGUGUUCUCCAAUACCAAGUUUCUUGUCUUGGACGAAGCAGACAGAGUCUUGGGUGUUAACUUUGAAGAAGAGUUGAGAGUUAUUUUCCAGUGCUUACCUAAGAAUCGACAAACAUUGUUGUUUUCUGCCACCAUGACAAGUAAUUUGCAAACAUUGCUUGAGCUUUCAGCAAAUAAAGCUUAUUUUUAUGCGGCAUAUGAAGGCUUUAAAACAGUUGAAUCUCUGAAGCAGCAGUAUGUUUUCAUCCCUAAGAACGUGAAGGAUGUGUAUUUAUUGCACAUAUUAUACAAAAUGGAAGAAAUGAGUGUUCGAUCUGCUAUAAUUUUUGUCUCCACCUGCAGGGGAUGUGAGCUUCUGAGUUUGUUGCUUGAACAGCUUGAUUUUGAAGUCGCAGCCUUGCACUCUCACAAAUCACAGUCCCUGAGGCUUUCUGCUUUGCAUAAAUUCAAAUCUGGACAGGUCCCCAUAUUAUUAGCGACUGAUGUGGCCAACCGUGGUUUAGAUAUUCCAACUGUAGAUUUGGUUAUAAAUUAUGACAUUCCUAGGUAUCCCGAGGAUUAUGUUCAUCGUGUGGGACGUACUGCCAGAGCUGGAAGAGGAGGCCUUGCUCUUAGUUUUGUCACCCAGAAUGAUGUCGAUCUUGUGCAUGAGAUUGAAGCUGUUAUAGGGAAACAACUGGAUAAGUUUGACUGUAAAGAGAAAGAAGUGCUUGAGGAUAACAUUACGAAGGUAUACAAGGCGAGACGUGUAGCAACAAUGAAGAUGAUGGACGAUGGGUUUGAAGAUAAAGUCAAGGCACGAAAAGCUCAGAAACUGAAGACACUGGCGGAGAAAGGGCUUCUAGAUAACAAGAAGAAACAGAAGAGAGGAAAAAGGCGUAAGAAAGAAUCUCAUGAAUGA